UUUUUCAAUAUUUUCAUUCCUUCCUUACCCGCUUUUUCUUUUUUCCUGGCAGGUGGCAACCAGUAACCAGCAGUCAUAUUUGGACGCUGAACAAUGUUUGACAAUGUUGUUAUCUGCUACGCCUACGAGUACGAGGAGCCAUUCUUGUUCUCCCCACUGUUUGCACGUGGUUCUUUUGUUUUUACCUUUGUAUUAGUACUUACACUUUAGAUUCCAUUUCUUGUUUGUGAAUUUUGUCUAAUAUCUCUGAGGGAAUCACUUGCAUUCAAUCGCCUUCCCUCAUGUUGAGUCACAGCUAAUUAGAUUUGAAAUCUUAGCACAGAAGAUUAUUCUGUUAUGUCUUCGCAGUAAUUGUUCGAUACCUAUACCAUUGACGAUAUGGUUCUGAUUUUUUGAUUGAGAAAGCUCAGAGCUUUAUAUCAGAAUGGUUUCGGUAGAUAAUGGGAUUGGGAAUCCCAAAGAUGAAAUUGAGGAAUCUAAUGAGAGUAAGGUAAAGGAGUUUGCUUCUAUAGAUAUUUCAACUUCUCGGAAAACAGUUCUGAGCAGUGAAAAUCCUCAGAGAAAGCUCCCAGAUUCCUUAAGUUCUCUUCCUAAUAGGAUAAAAUUCCUUAAAUAUGGUUCUGCAUCUGCCAAAUUCAAGCGGCUUGCUUCUGAGAGAGACCAUAUUUCACAAUCUGUGCCUUCUUCACGUUCAAAUAGCCUAAAAGCACGCUUCCAUAGCUUGUUUGCUCAGAAACUUGACUGGGGUUCAGUCAAGAAGAUGUGCAUUGAAUGGAUUAGAAACCCAAUGAACAUGGCCCUUUUUGUGUGGAUUACAUGUGUUGCUGUUUCGGGUGCAAUUCUGUUUUUUGUAAUGACAGGUAUGUUGAACAAUGUGCUACCAAGAAAAUCCGAGAGGAAUACAUGGUUUGAAAUAAACAACCAAAUACUCAAUGCACUGUUUACACUUAUGUGCUUGUAUCAACAUCCACAGAGGUUCUACCACCUUGUUCUUCUGUGCAGAUGGAGACCAAAUGACAUCUCUAAACUUAGAAAGGUAUACUGCAAGAAUGGCACUUAUAAGCCCCAUGAGUGGGCACAUAUGAUGGUUGUGAUCAUUCUCCUUCAUGUGAACUGUUUUGCUCAAUAUGCACUUUGUGGUCUAAACUUGGGGUAUAAAAGAUCUGAGCGACCUGCCAUUGGAGUUGGAAUAUGUAUAUCUGUUGCGAUUACCGCGCCUGCAAUUGCUGGCCUGUAUACCAUUCUUAGCCCGCUUGGGAAGGACUAUGAUUGUGAGAUGGAUGAAGAAGCACAGGUUCAAAUUACUGCUUCUCAAAGGCAAGAGCAGCUGACAGAGAAACCAUUUGAGAGGAAAUAUUCAUUUGCAUCCAAAAAUCAACAAAGGAUUAUAGAAAAUAGACCAAAGUGGAGUGGAGGAAUACUUGACAUUUGGAAUGAUAUUUCUUUAGCAUAUCUCUCACUUUUCUGCACUUUUUGUGUCUUUGGGUGGAAUAUGGAGAGACUUGGCUUUGGAAACAUGUAUGUUCAUAUUGCCACUUUUAUGCUGUUUUGUAUGGCUCCUUUCUGGAUUUUUAUAUUGGCUUCCGUUAAUGUUGAUGAUGACAAUGUUAGACAGGCUCUAGUAGCUGUUGGGAUUAUUCUUUGUUUCUUUGGUUUACUUUACGGUGGCUUUUGGAGGAUCCAAAUGAGAAAGAGGUUCAAUUUACCUGCCUAUGACUUCUGUUUUGGCAAAACUUCUGUUUCUGAUUGCACACUUUGGCUAUGCUGUUUCUGGUGCUCUCUUGCUCAAGAAGCACGAACUGGGAAUAACUAUGAUCUUGUUGAAGAUAAAUUCUCCAGGAAAGAAAUUGAUUCUGGUGACCAACCAUCAAGUUCACCUUUGGCUCAGGAAGAUGUAGUAUCAACCAAAUCUGGCACAAGUUCUCCUCUGGGUAACAAUUCUUCCCCUUCUAUGAUUAAAACACCUUCUCCUCUAGGUUCAAGCAAUGUCUUAAAGGGAUAUUACAGUCCAGAUAAACAGCCAUCUAUUGUAAAAGAUGAGCAUUUUGAAAGAGGUAAAGAUGGAAUAAUGAACCCACCGACUCCAUCGUUAAUACAAAGAGAAGCCUCUUAGUCCCUUAAAGGAAAAGGGGUAGAGGAUUGUUUUCUUCUAGCUACUCAUGACACUAGUUAAGAUCAUCCAUUAAAUUUUUAGUGCAUUCAGCGUGUCUGAAAUCAUGAUUUUGCUCUCUAAGUCUCUCAUACUCAUCAAUGUCAAUCAUUUCUCUUAAGAUGCAGAUUUUAGUUGUUGAUUGUCUAUCACUUUAUCUAUUUAAUUGAGUAGGAUGUUUGUAUGAGCACCUGAUCUUUUGUUUCUUUCUUAAGAAAGUUUGCUCUCUCCGAAUAGAUGAAGGAUCCGUUUACAAAUUUUUUUUACAAAUUAUACUAAGUUUGACCGGUUAUAUACUCUUGAUUGAAGUAUGACCGGUCAGACAUAGUGUAGUUUGUAAACAAAAAAUUUGUAAAUAUAGCUUUGUUCCUCUAUAUAUGUAUAUUUUCUUUUCAACAAAGUCAUAUGAAAUACAUGUAAAA